GCUACUGUUCCUCUGAGUCACCUUAUUAAUGCCUUUCAUUCACCAAAAAGCUCCACUACUGCUGCCAGCACAGCAUCGGUACAGUCUGUCCAGAGGGACACCUCCCCAGAGCACGAUCCUCAGAAAAAUGAGUCUGUACUUAAUUUAAGAGAGCUAGGAUUGUCUGAUGUGAAAGCUAACCAGUUCAAAGAACUGGUGAACAGGUUGCUUCCUGGCUACUGUGCAGAAAACAAAGUGUCUUCGCAGUGGCAUACAUCGUACAUCUCCGCUGAGUCCUUCUUUGAAAAUAAGCAUGGUUUUGUGGAUAUUUUCAGUGCUUUACGCUCAUCUUGUUUGUACAGACAGCAUCCUCAUCCCCUUCAAAAUUUCUGUUCAGAUGUUCGGUAUUGGCCAGUUUAUAUACAGUCACGGAACUUUAAGACUUUGAGAUCAAAAGCAAGACGUCUGCAGUCAACAUCUGAACAAUUCACAGAAACAAAAAGUUCACUUUCUUCACUUCUGAAGGGCUUUAUCCUGAGAAAACGAAGAAUUGAUGUUGAAAACUUAGAUACAUUAAUGAAAACAAAGAACAUCCCAGAGGCACACCAGGAUGCUUUUAAAACUGGUUUUGCAGAAGGCUUUUUGAAAGCACAGGUAUUCCUGCAAAAAACACUUGAUUCCUUAAGAAGAUCACGUUUGCUUUCUUUUUUUCUCUUCGUUCUUUGUUUUUAUCUUGCUAUAUAUUCAUCAUUUUUACCUGGGAAAGGUUCCUUUUCUGAUGCUGUACGCUUUCGAACAUCAAGUAUCUUUGAUGCAGCAGUUGAUCCAAUCCAGUUGAAAAAUGUCACCUUCGAGCAUGUGAAGGGGGUUGAAGAAGCUAAACAGGAAUUGCAAGAAGUUGUGGAAUUUCUGAAAAACCCACAUAAAUUUACUGUACUAGGUGGUAAACUUCCAAAAGGUAUUCUGUUAGUUGGGCCACCUGGUACUGGUAAAACUCUUCUUGCACGGGCUGUAGCUGGUGAAGCUGAUGUUCCGUUUUAUUACGCGUCUGGGUCAGAGUUCGAUGAGAUGUUUGUUGGCGUAGGAGCUAGUCGCAUCCGAAGCCUGUUCAGGGAAGCAAAAGCAAACGCACCAUGCGUUAUAUUUAUUGAUGAGUUGGACUCCGUUGGUGGGAAGAGAAUUGAAUCUCCAAUGCAUCCCUAUUCAAGACAGACCAUUAAUCAACUUCUUGCUGAAAUGGAUGGGUUUAAACCUAAUGAAGGUGUUGUUAUUAUUGGUGCAACCAAUUUCCCUGAAGCGCUAGAUAAUGCUUUAAUACGUCCUGGUCGCUUUGAUAUGCAAGUUACUGUUCCCAAGCCUGAUGUAAGAGGUCGUACAGAAAUUCUGAAGUGGUACCUUAAUAAAAUAAAGUAUGAUCCAUCCGUUGAUCCAGAAAUAAUUGCACGAGGCACAGUAGGUUUUUCUGGAGCAGAGCUUGAGAACCUUGUCAAUCAGGCUGCCUUAAAGGCAGCUGUUGAUGGAAAAGAUAUGGUAACCAUGAAAGAACUCGAAUUCUCCAAGGACAAAAUUCUAAUGGGACCUGAACGUAGAAGUGUAGAAAUUGAUGAGAAAAACAAAACCAUCACAGCUUACCACGAAUCAGGACAUGCCAUCAUUGCAUAUUAUACUAAGGAUGCAAUGCCGAUCAACAAGGCUACAAUCAUGACACGAGGAACAACACUUGGACAUGUAUCUUUGCUCCCAGAAAAUGACAGAUGGAGUGAAACUAGAUCUCAGUUGCUUGCACAGAUGGAUGUCUGUAUGGGAGGAAGAGUAGCAGAAGAGCUCAUAUUUGGAAGUGAUCACAUCACAACAGGUGCUUCCAGUGAUUUUGACAAUGCUACUAAAAUUGCAAAACUGAUGGUGACUAGAUUUGGAAUGAGUGAGAAGCUUGGUGUUAUGACCUAUACUGAUACGGGGAAAGUUAGCCCUGAAACCCAGUCUGCAAUUGAACAGGAAGUAAGAACACUUCUACGGGACUCAUAUGAGCGAGCAAAGAACAUCCUGAAGACUCAUGCAAAAGAACACAAGAAUUUAGCAGAAGCUUUAUUGAAAUACGAGACUUUGGAUGCCAAAGAAAUCCAAAUUGUUCUAGAGGGGAAAAAACUAGAAGUAAGAUGAUAACUUCUGUGAUAACAGUAACUGAUAAUUUGAAGAAUGUACAUCUAGCAAUGAAGUAGUCUUAAGCAGCAUAGCCUUUUUCCCUUCCUGAUUUGUAUAAGGCAUUAGUGACACUUUACUAUUAUUCUGUCUCUUGUGAGCUUCUGUUACUCAUCUAAUUGUUGUGUCUCAUCAGAAUAAGACACACAAAAUAAAGCAAGUUCGUCAUCCUGUGUUCCCUGUACUCUUCCAACAAGAAGUUAUUCAGAAGGAUAAGUCUCAGGGUUGAAUUCAGCAUUUUGGUUUAGUCAGAUGUUGAUGCUGAGAAGAAAAACAUGAUAUACUUCUGUGUUUUGGCAUGGCUCCCUGGGUCACGCUGCUACGUGUGCGUUUGAAGUGGUACCCCACAAUAUGUGCUAUGGAAUGUCUGAUCGAUAGGAACAGAUUGAUUUGUAAAACAGUAGUAUGUAGUCUAACUAAUGCUCAUACUCUGAGGCUAACGAUCCCUUUAAAAGACGACUUUUUAUUUAGAAAUGCAACAAAACGUCUGUAAGGAUGAAGAGGCUGCAUAGCGCAUCUCUGUUAAAGGGAGUUGUGAGAGUUCAAUGUUAGACAAAAACAUUACGGGUUGUAUUUUCAGUGCUCUUGGGAUUAAAAUACACGCAUGUGUGGCUGGGAGAGAAAUUUUACUGCAAAACCCAACAGGCUAAACAUGUCUCAGCCUCUUUGGACUGUGUUUUGGGGAGAACUGUGGCAGGGAUAAGAGAAAUACCUGUGACCUGAUGUGCUGCUGACAAGAUUCUUAGAUUUAUUGUUUUUUCUUACUGCAGUAGGUGGGUAACAGUGCUUUUACACUGCUGGAGAUUCUACAGAACUAGUUUCUACUAAUACUAUGUAUGGGCGUUUGAUAAUCCAACAGAUAAUUUUGUCAGAGAGGGCAAUACUGCUCACUAAAGAGUAGUUCAGAAAAUGUUUGAUGUGUGUGUUGCUUCAAACAACAUUCCCAGUUCUGUUCUACAGUAGAAGUAGG